AUGUCAUCUUCUAGCCCCUUUCGUGUCGUCGAACAUGUGGUCCCGUCGCAGCAUAUACGAGAAUAUCCCGCUGCCACAGCGCAUGCACAGGAGGAUGUUUUGAACUUAGCUGUGAAACAAUAUAUUCCCUUGGACAACCCUAAUCCGCAGCCAGGGGAUGUCACUAUACUUGCCGCCCACGCAAACGGCUUCCCUAAGGAACUUUAUGAGCCUCUUUGGGAGGAAAUUCUUGCUCGGUCAAAAGCAAACGGAUUCCGAAUCCGAAGCAUAUGGAUGGCGGAUGUUGCGCAUCAGGGGCAGAGCAGUGCCAUAAACGAAGACCUACUGGGAAAUGACCCCAGCUGGUUCGACCAUCCGCGCGACCUCCUCCAUCUCGUGAAUGUAAAGCGCAAGGAAAUGCCACGCCCUAUCAUUGGCGUCGGGCAUAGCAUGGGAGGCGCACAUCUUGUUCAACUGAGCCUCAUGCAUCCUCGCCUCCUCCACUCCCUCGUCUUACUCGACCCGGUCAUUCAAAGACAAACCACACAAUUGGACCCUAUCGACCUCGGCAAGCAGAAACUAGUCAUCGCCAAAACAACUCAGCUCUCAACAUACCGUCGCGACCAAUGGCCAUCACGAAAGGCCGCCGCAGAGUCCUUCAAGAAGAACCCGUUCUACCAAGCUUGGGAUCCCCGUGUCCUAGAGCGCUGGCUGCAAUAUGGUCUACGCGACCUGCCUACCGCCAUAUAUCCGCUCGAUGAAUCCACCUCGAAAAGCAACGAGAAGCCAGUGACUUUGUCAACAACCCUACACCAAGAAGUCUUUACCUACUCGCGACCAAACUACGACGGACCCCCUGGAUUCGCCGUUCCGGUCAACAAGGUGACUCAUCCCGAUCUCGACCCUGACCACCUAGGCUCCUGGCCCUUCUACCGCCCCGAGCCGUCACGUAUCUUCGCGCAACUACCGCACCUCCGCCCUAGCGUGCUAUACAUAUUCGGCGGAACAUCAGACAUGUCCCCACCAACCAUGAUGGAAGAUAAACUCUCACAUACUGGCACGGGACUCGGCGGUAGCGGCGGUGCCGCGGCCGGGCGUGUCCGAAGCGCAGUCCUCGAGGAUAUUGGGCAUCUCGUUGCCCAAGAGGCGCCUAUUCAGUGCGCCGAAGAAGCGAGCAGCUUCCUAGGGAUGGAGCUGAAGCGGUGGAGAGAAGAGGAGAAGCUUUUUAAGAAUCAGUGGAGUACGAAGUCGAAGGUAGAGAAGCUCACUAUUGAUCAACGGUGGAAAGCACAUGUCCCGCCUCCUGUGCGUCCGAAGAAAGAGGAACCUAAGCCCAAACUGUGA